AUGCCUAGGCAUCUUCGGAUGAGAAGUUUGCAUUGCUUAUGUGUUCGCGAAAAUGCACAGCAAGAGCAUUCUUUGCUUCGGUUAUCAUUGAAUCUUGUUUUGUGGAUUCACAAUAAACUGCAGCUAGAACUCAGUGAUCUCACCAUGCGCAGUGCAGUCGGUCGUCUUAUGCAACAUAUUCGUAUUCGGGAAUUAUCAGUAGGCUCCAAAUCUCCGGUGAUUAACGCGGUGCGUGUAGAAAGUUUUCAGAUGUUUGAAGAUGGAGAAGGUUUUAAAACACUGAAUUUGUUAGCGGAUGUUGAUUACAGUGGUGGUUUUCAAAAUUCCGUUGAUGUGAGAAUGCUUUUUGAACGAUUUGCGCAACUUUCAAUCAAGGUUUCCUACUGA